UUGAUUUGCUUUUUUAUUUUUCCCCCCUUCAUCAGCUUGCGAAGAAAGGAGAAAAGUUUAUAGACCUUCCCUAUGUUGUCAAAGGAAUGGAUGUUUCGUUUAGUGGAAUACUGAGUUAUCUUGAAGCUACUGCUGAGGAAAAGCUACAAAAUAAUGAAUGCACCCCUGCAGAUUUGUGCUAUUCCCUUCAGGAAACUGUGUUUCCGAUGCUUGUGGAGAUUACAGAAUGGGCAAUGGCACACUGUGACAAGAAAGAUGUUCUCAUUGUUGGUGGUGUGGGCUGCAAUGAGCGCUUGCAAGAGAUGAUGAGAAUCAUGUGCUCCGAGAGGGGUGGAAGGUUGUUUGCAACUGAUGACAGGUACUGUAUUGAUAAUGGGGCAAUGAUUGCGUAUACUGGUCUCCUAGCUUAUGCUAAUGGGAUGUCAACUCCGCUGGAGGAAUCGACAUUCACACAGCGGUUUAGAACUGAUGAAGUACUGGCAAUCUGGAGAGAAAAAAUGGAAUUGUCAAAUGGUCUCAUGGAAAAAAGUGUCUAAUUACCUAUAUGUUUCAAGAAUGAACGCAAUAAAAUUCGGCAACUGUCCCAACAGCUGGCCAUUGAGAAAAAGCGAGCUGCAACAUAUAAAAGGCACUUGGAGAUGGUCUUUGAGCACAUUGAAGAGCACAAUCAGAGUCUCUCAAAGAAGAUCCAAGGCAUAGUAGACAGUGUAAGGGAGAUGGAGUCCAAAGAACAAUAAGUCAUUGAUAGUUUUCUACAUUAUUUAGGUUUUUGUUUUCAAUUUUAUUUUUAUAUGGUAAACAAAACAAGGAAAAAAGCAUGGGAAAGGCUAUUGGAUAAGGUGUACAUUACUAUGAUCAUGGUUUUGAUUUUACUAUUUUUCCAGCUUUGUUCUGGCUUUUGUUAGAGUGGAAUCUCUGUA